CAGAAAAAGUACUAGAAGUUUACCUGCAACAAUAAACUAUCAAUCAAUCAAGAAGAAGUCCCGUUACAAAGGCGAAACUCCCGACCGUCAACAAAACAACACAACUCGAUGGCCGAGGUGGACUACAACAAACUGGGCGAGGAGCUGGAAAAACAGGAGCUAGACGCUCCCAAUGGUGUUCCUCCAGCACAUGUCUAUGAGCAGCUCCUCACCAUAUACCUGCUUCAGGAUGAUUUGACUGGUGCUAAAUUUCUAUGGAAGCGAAUACCCAGCAGCACCAAGAGUGCAACUCCAGAGCUGGCGCAUAUUUGGGAGGUUGGACAACACCUGUGGCAGCGGGACCUACCGGCCGUGUACACUGCCCUGACUCAUGAGUGGUCACCAACAGUAAAGGACAUCAUGAAGGCUCUCCAUGAACAUGUGCGAAAUCGAGCCAUUGAACUUGUAGGACGAGCCUAUACAUCAAUCAGGGCAGAUGACUUUGCUCAGCUUUUGGGGAUGAGUGUCGAAGAAGCAGCGAGUUUGGCCCAGGGGCAUGGCUGGGGCUAUGAUGAGCCCACAUGCAUGAUCUUGCCUGUGCCCCAGACACCCCAGCCCCAUGCUCCCACUCCCUCCGAAGAACAGCUACGUCGCCUGGCUGACUAUGUAUCGUUCCUGGAAAAUUGAUGCAGGAAAUGAAACAGCCCCUGCCCAUGAUGCACAUCAAAAGGAUUACUCUCAACCACCACUUUGUAUACUCUUUUUAAUAUUUUACUUAAUUUUAAAAGAUCAAACUUUCCUGUUUUAUGGAAAUGUUCAUAUUUUUUUUUUCCUUCAGAAGAAACAAAUGUAUAAAAACAUAACAUUGCAUAAUCAUACAAAUUUUCUUGCCAGUGGUCCAAAUCACAGCAACCCAAGUCCAGAAUGACUUGAUUUCAUCUGUGACUGCUAAUUUUGUUAAUAUAAUAAACUGAUCCAGUGAAUUUACAUUUCAUAAAGGUCAAGUGAUAAAGACAGUGAUCCAGCACUCUUGUGUGUAUAUGAGUGAAGUGAAGGUGGUUGAGGGUGGGACAUGUUAUACUGGUAUAUUUCCUAUAUGUUCAUCUUCAUUGAAGUGAAUGUAGUACCAGACAUACUUUUGUACAUGCACCAGAGAAAACAUGAGAUGUGAAUUAGUAUGUUCUGUGAUGUGAAGGAGAUUAAUGUGUGAGCAUAAUCUCUAUAAAGUAUGGUUUCUAGAGGCAUGGUUUGCCAGAACUAAAUUUUCCUAUUUAUGCUUGUUAGGCUUUGAAGCUGAUCAUACAAAUAAAACACCCCAACACAAACAGACAAUUUUCUUUAAUAUAAAAUACCUGAUAGAUUAUGUUUGUCUUGUUCUGCACCAAAGAAUCUGCUGGUAAUGCUGCUACUGAAUCGGUUAAUAGGUGGUGGGUGGAGUCAAUUUCACUUCAGGGAAAUAAACGACAGAUUAUUUUUAGGUAUUUUCCAAUUUACACAAGUUAUGGAUACACACAAUAAAGAAUAAGAUGCUGGGGCUCCACUAAAUACAUAUCCACCCUUUGUCCGUUCCACCAUUAUUAUAUUGCACGUGUAAGCUUUUGCACUUGUAAAAGUCAAUAAUGAGCCUCAGGAAUGCCAUAGGUUCUCAAACUAACCAGACCACAAGAAUCAUUCAAUCCAUUACAGGUAUAUACAAUCAAUUUAUAAUUACUGACAGGGCAGCAUAACAACAUGAACGUAUAAUUGCCAUCCCUUAAAAUAGAAGAUAUUACUCAUUAUUAUUAUUAUUAUUAUCAUUAUUAUUAUUAUUAUUAUUAUUAAUGUUAUGAGAAAUUAUUUUAUUUUUUCAAUGAAUUAAGUUUUAUGAGGCAAGAGUGGCUGUACAUGUAAAUUUUUGGAUGUAUGAAGACAGUUCAGUAUUGCUAUCACAGAUAUGAUCAAACACUUAUCCAUCCCACACUGUAAAAUGGCACCACUGCCACGCAACAGUAAAGUCAAUACAAGAGA